CCAGGGUUGGAGACUACUGGUCUGGACGGUUUCGUGCUUCUGAGCUAUGCGCCGGCCCUCACUGAAAUGCAUUGAGGCUUGAGCGCCAGUUGGAAUUUGAAGCAAGCCCACACAAUUCCUUCAGGAAUUGUAACCUUUCUAGUUAAAGAUUAAAGUUUUGAGGGGCAAAACAUAUUCCUGAAUAUUUCUUCCCAUAGUUCUGAUAUAAAAUCUCAGUAGGCCUACACAACCGUGGAUCCUUGAAAAUAUUUUCAGAUAUUGUCAUUGUACCCACACUUUAUAGUGUUAUUACAGUAUGAUCACAGUUUACAUCAAGAUGGCAAGUUUACAGCAAGAUUGACUUUAUCCUUUCAUGUCCUGAGAAGGUAUUUGAAACAGGAGCGCGAAAAUAGACUAACCUAAAAGUUUGUCUCCAGUCGUCACCUAUCACGCGCACGGCUGUGAAACGGCCUAAACGGCAACUAGCUACAUUUCCAGAUAGCCUAGCCAAAUUCGUUUCAGGACAUAUAGACACGCUUGGUAUCUUCGCAUUAAAAAAGGAAAAAUGAACUUCGCCUCUGGAGGAAAUUCAGAGCCAAAAAUGGAGGAGUUGCUGGAAAAGAUCAAAGAGAUGCAGCUAGGAAAGAAAGUCCUGGAAGAAGAUUUGAAAGAGGCUCAGUUGCUCAGAAAAAGUCUUCAGAAGGAACUCGAUACCUUGCAUGCCGAGCAGUACCAAAUGGAGGAGAUUCAAAAGGAAAGAGAAGAGUCUUACAGGGUCCUGCAGUUCAAGUGUGAUGAGCUGGAAUGUGAAGCAAAGAGACUGCUUCAGCUGAACAGCAAGAGCGAGGCGCUCAUUGAGCAGUACACCUUUCAAAUCCAGGAGGCCAGAUUAAAACACAGAAAACAACGGAUGAAGUUUGAGAACCAGCUUCAACAACUGAUAGAGCAACACAAGAAUUUGUAUUCAGUUUAUUCCCCUGACAGACUUCCUUCAGAAAUUGAGAGUCUUGAAAAUGCCAGAUCGCAGCUUUUGAAAGCAGAACAGGUGAAGCUGGCACAGCUGAAUCGCCUUGCUGAGGGGAUUAAUCAGACACUCUCAGACACCAAAGCCUGAGUUUUGCAGAAUACGCUUCAAGACUUAUAGGUUGUAUUCUUCUUAAUACUCAGUUAUUGUAUCAAAAAUACGUUUGAAUUUUCUCAAAAACAAAUUGUAUUUCCACACAUGGAUGACUCGUUUAUGCAGCACUGUCUCUGACACGUUCCCAAUUGCAGGCUUUCUCAUGCUGUUCCUGACUUUCCUGGAAACUGCUGUAUCAUUGGUUGCCACCAUUCACUUUCUGCAUUAGAUUCUCAAUUGAUAUAAAUUAGAACUUAAUUGAUAGAAAUGAAUUUGUCAACAGAGGUUCUUGGUAAAAUAAAAUGCUUGCAUUUGA